GAGCCUGUGCUCGGCGUCAAGGUUUUUGGCGCCAAUGCACCAGUCGUUCCUGAGCCGGCCCGGGUGAGGAGUGGAGAUGAGCCAGAAGGCGGUACCGAGAAGGAGCGGCGACUCAGCGGCGGCCAAGCCCACCGGCUCUGGCGCCAAACCCAAGGGCCGCCGGGGGGAAGGACGCGACCCGGAGCGGCGGCCGCGCCACAGCGGCGGUGCUGGUGUCGAAGACGACAGCUCCCACGGCGGCCCCGCAGACACCGGCGGGAAGAACAGGGGCAGAGGUGAAAGGAACGCCAGCUCCCGUAGAUCUGCUGGCGACAAGGAAAACAUUCCCGGCAGGGCUGCUCGUGUCAAGGACACCAUUCCCGGCAGGGCUGCUGGCGACAAGGGAAUCAUUCCCGGCAGGGCUGCUGGCGACAAGGGAAUCAUUCCCGGCAGGGCUGCUGGCGACAAGGGAAUCAUUCCCGGCAGGGCUGCUGGCGACAAGGACACCAUUCCCGGCAGGGCUGCUGGCGACGAGGGGAAGAAUGCCAGCAGCGAUGUGGGCAGUGGGACCAGCAGGGCUGCGGGCGCAUCGAGAGAUGCCGAGGACGGGACAGACAUCAGAGCCCCGCGGACUGGCGGCAGUGAGGGAGCCGGAGACUUGGACAAAUUGCUGAGGACUGUGCUCGGCAAUCUGCGGAUUAGGUCGGAUGAGCGAUCCAAAGCAGCGAGGCUGGUGAACCAGGUGGUGGACCAUUUGUUGCGUUACAUCAGCAAGGAUCCUAAUUUUGCAUCUAUUAAGAAGUUGCCAAGUGGUAGUUACUACGAAAAGGUGAAGAUUUCGGAACCAAAUGAAUUUGAUAUAAUGAUCACAGUCCCUGUUGGAAGAAUCAAGUAUACAGAGGCAGAUUUUGAAGGUGCUUUCUACCAAGUUGAGUUUAAAAGAUGUACAGGUGCCAACCCUCUUGUUCAGUUUGUUUCUAAUGGAAAGCUAUCAGCUGAAAAAAUGCUUUGUCACCUCAGGAACCUCAUAAAAGUGGCAGCAAGAUCAUUGCCAGACUUCAAUAUAAAAGUGGAAAGGAAGAAAUCGGGGAGUCCGGCUGUGACGCUUGAGAUUGAGGGAGAAUGUGUGCCAAUCUCUCUAGACAUAGUGUUAGCUCUGGAAGUGAAGACACAGAGCUGGCCACCAAGCACUACCGAAGGUCUGAAAAUUGAAAAAUGGUUGGGAAACAAGGUCAGAAGUGAAUUCAGACGGGAGCCUUUUUACCUGGUGCCGAAACAGCAGCCACUUGAGAAUGUACAAGGAGCCAAAACUGAAUCUCAGGAAGAAAUGUGGCGAAUCUCAUUCUCGCACAUUGAGAAGAAGAUAAUCAUGAACCAUGGCAGCUCAAAGACUUGCUGUGAGAGUAAUUCGCCUAAAUGUUGCAGGAAAUCCUGCCUGAAGCUUUUGAAAAACCUCAUUCAGAAACUGAAGGAGAAGCAUUGCCGCAUAUUGGCAUGUGUCUGCUCAUACCACGCAAAGACAACACUGCUCCAUGCAUGUGUCAAGUGGCCUAAAGAUGACAUGUGGCAGCUUGAAGACCUUGCUGACUGCUUUCUCCGGCUCUUGGCCAACUUCAUUGAACAUUUGAAAAGUGAAAACCUCCCUCAUUUCUUCAUCCCCUCCUACAAUCUCUUUGACCCUCGAAUAUUUGAUCCAAAAAGUAGAAUUCGCCUGCUAGACUUCGUUAAGAAAGAGAGAUCUAAAAACUUUCCCAUCUUCGGGGUAAAUCUGUCGUCACAGUGA